AUGGACCCUCAGCUUCAGGAAGCAGUCGACCAUAAUGAUCUUGAUAAGCUGUAUAGCUUAAUUGAGGGGGAUGAAAAUCUCUUAAAUCAUGGAUGCGACGGGCCCUUCCCAAAUACUCCACUACAUGAUGCUGCUGGCAAGGGGAAAACUAAAGUGGCAAUGGAGAUAGCCACCUUGAAGCCAUUGUACGCUCGAAAGCUGAAUCGCAAGGGUUACAGUCCCAUGCACUUGGCUUUGCAAAAUAAGCAUUAUCACCUUGUGAGGGCAUUGAUGACCCUUGACCCUCGAGUUGAUUCGAUUCACAUUGCCGUCAGGAUGGGCAACACGAAAGCAUUCAAGGUUUUAUUUGGCUGGCUUAAGCGAGUCAAUCUGAUAGAAAUCUUAAAUUGGAAAGAUCAAAAUGGUGACACGGUCUUACAUAUUGCUGCAUCUGAAAAGCAACCUGAGAUCAUCAAGCUCUUGCUUGGAUAUACAGCUGUAUAUGCAAACAACUUCCAAGGUAACACGGCUCUGAAAAUCUUCCAACUGAAUCCCAGUGGCGAUCCAGAUGUUGCAGAGAUGUUUCACCAAAAAGGACGUCAAGAAAGACGUUCUUCUACUACUGUACUUUCUCUAUCACAGUUUUAUAGCACGGAACUAACCUUGUCUGAGAAGUACAAAAAUAGCAUCUACAGCCUAGAUAAAUCCACUCGCGAAAUGGUGGUUGUAGUGUCAACCUUAAUUGCAGCUGCAACUUAUCAAGCUGCACUUGCUCCUCCAGGAGGAUACUGGCAAGACUCCUCUUAUCCCCAGGCCAAUUCCACUAUUGAUACUGCCAAUUCCACUGUUGUUACCGCCAAUUCCAGCAGCAUUGCUCUUGGAGAACCACACCUAGCCGGAGAUCUUAUCUUGAGUGAUCCGAUUCUAUUUCUUUACGCGAUCAUCAAGCUAUCAAUUGGACAUGCGAAUGUAAAUGUGAAGAACUUCCUGAAUGGAACAGCUCUGGACAUCUUCCAAGUGAGUGCUCCAUUUGAUGAAGAUGUUGCGAAGAGGAUUCCUCUUCAAAUGCCUCCGCCAAUUCCUCUGUUGUUACUGCCAAUUCCAGCGGCAUUGGCAUUGAAAAGCCACAUCAAGCUGGAAACAUUAUAUUAA